AAAGCCACGGGGUGGUUUUCCUAUUGUUUUAAUUGGCAGCAACUGCUGCAUUUGUUAAAGUAGCCGAAAGCAAGAAAUAAGAAAAUAAUGAAGGAACAUCAUGAUGAGGAAGCAUCAUGUUGUUUGUUGAAUGUUUGUUCCUUUGUUUGGCUAUAGGUGGUGCUUUCGGCUUCUCUUUGAAACUGGGCACCCCAUGUGCUUUGGCAGAGAGCAGUGGGCAGAAAGCAUAAAGAAGCAUCCAAGGGGAGAGCAUUCGGCUCUCCCAUGGGAAAAAGUUGAACAUUUUAUAUUAAGGCUUUGGUUAUGCCUUUGGGUGUGGGGGAGCGGCAGAUGAGAGAAACCAGGGAGAGCAUUCGGCUCUCCCAUUUGAAUAUGAGCUGCUCCUUCCCACCAUUUGUAAUAAUCCCAUUUUGUUAGUAAUCACUCAAUCAAAGAUGUUGGUGCUACUUGUGUAGCUUUUGGGAGAGAAGGAUUUUGAUAUGUGUUUCUUCUUCUCCAUUUGUUUCUUAGUUUGAGUGAGAGCUAUUGGUUGUAAGUGGGAUUUGGGUUUGAGAGUUAAAACUCUAUUUGUAAUCUCCUUUUGAUAUUAGUGGAAUUUCCUCGCCGUCUCGAAACUGGAUGUAGGCUUACGCCGAACCAGUAUAAAUCCUUGUGUCUUUUUGGAUUAUUUGUCUUGUCAUAUUUUGCCGUAUUAGCUUUGGUUUCAUAUUUGAAGCUUCCGCACAACAAAUAUACCCAAAGAAAUCUUGUUUGAUAUCCUUGCAAGAUUGCCAGUGAGAUAUCUUUUGCUGUUUAGAUGCGUUUGUAAAUCUUGGAAAAGUUUAAUUAGCAGCUCUAGUUUCGAAAGUGCCCAUCUCGAAAGGAACGUCAUGCAAAGUUCUUGUGAUUUUCUCCUUAUCCAAAAAGAUGACAAGAAAAAUUGUUUGUCACGGUUUGAUGAUGAAACAUUGUCCAAGUGUUUGGAUAUAGAGCUUCCUGCGGAUAAAUUAGGUCUCAGAUUCUUUGUUCAAGGUUCGUGCAAAGGAUUGGUUUGUAUCUCUUUUUAUAAUUUCUUUAGUUUGAAUAAUAAUCCUAUAUAUCUAUGGAAUCCCUCAAUUAGAAAACUCAAGAGGAUUCCUAAUGGCCUCCAUAGCGGGGAAAACAACUAUAAGGUUGUGAGGCUUGUUAGGGUUUCGCUUCCACACGAGAAUAUCGUCCUUGAACUUGAAGUUGAGGUUUACAGCCUUAGAUCAGAUGCUUGGAGAAGAAUAACUGUGAUGCAUGUUGGAAACAACACCAAUACUGUCCCCAACUUUACCACAUGCCCAAUCUGUCAGGUGUGGGGUUUUACCAUAAAAGACCUCGAUAUUAGUUAGAGUGGGAUAAUUAUAUUUAAACCCAUAGUUUUUUUUUCACCCACCAAUGUGGGAUUUGAACACUGCCCUUCACCCUUCACCCCAUUUAGUGGUUCACACGUGGAG